GCGCCACGCUGCUAAAAGUAAUUCUCAUUUCACCUUCCGUCGCUGUCAAGAAGAAAAUGCUAAUUAUUUGUUACAAACCGUUGUAAUUUCUGAAAAACCCAGUAUCCACGCGACAGGAGGCUUCUCCGACGUGUCCGUGUGCGUGCCCGGGCGCCGCCGUGCGUGUGAGAGCCUGCAAGUGCAAGUGUGUGUAUGGGUACCUGGUGUGCAAAGUAAACUAAAAAAAAGUAAGAAAGGUCGACGGGGCUGUCUCAGCUGCCUGCGUGCCAUUUUUCUUUCUUCUUCGCGGUUGGAAAGCGAGAGACUGCUGCGGAGCCAUGAACUCCACUAGCAAUCUGGCGGACGUGGUGCGGCACUACCAGCGCAGCAUUGAGAAGCACAGCGACAACGAAAAGCGGCUGGUGCAUUGCAUGAACAAGCUGUUCAACCUGCCCAUCAAAUUCGAGCACCUGCAGGAGACCGGCAUUGGCAAGACCGUUAAUGCCCUGCGCAAGUUCAACGGGGAAGUGGGUCAGUCCGCCAAAACGCUCAUCACAAAAUGGAAAGCCAUGGUGACCGCCGAAGAGGGUUCCUCUACAGAGGUCCCGCUAGCGGCCAGCAGUCAGGAAGAGGACUCCGGAAAGUCAAACGGACGAAGAUCCAGCGACGAGGAUCUUGACCAGGAGAACAAGGGCAGUAACUCAUCCAGUGGCGAGGAAAGGCAAGCGGCCGAGCACAGAUCAAGGCAAGAAGAACGAAGUGACAAGAGCUCCAGGCAGGAUCAGAGCGGAAGCAGUAAAAGUCACUCCAAGAGCUCUUCGGAUCCGAAUAGAAAGCACAAAAGCAGUCGCCACGACAAAUCCAAGGAAAGGGACAAAGACAAGGAGGACCACAAGGAAAAGAAGUCGAAUGGCGAGCACAAGUCCAGGGAUUCCAGUCAGUCAAACAGUACCAAGAGCAGCAGAUCCGAUGGACACAAAGGCGAGCACAGCAAAUCCAAGCAUGAAAAGGAAAAGCCGCCCAAGGACAAGUCAAGCAAACACCACAAGUCGUCUUCGAAGUCAUCUAAGCGGUCACACAGCCCACAUCGCGUCGAUGAAGAGUCGAGCAAGGCAAAGAUACCAAAAACAAAAGCGAAAUCCGAGGAGGACUCCCCCGAUGGCUUUGACUCAAGCAUGGGUGCCAACUUUGACGACGUUCUCGGCAUGCUUAACAUGCCUAUGAGCAGCAAGAAAAGCACCAGUGGCAAGAGCAAGUCUGUCGCUAAGAUGGCAUCCUCAUCCUCGUCAACUCCAGUCGCCCCGGCGGCACCCUCUAGAGAUGCCUUCUUGAGCAGUCGACCGACCUCCACAAAAAAACCCGAGUUACUAGCUCCAUCGGCCAAACUUGAACCCUUGGAUCCGAGCAUUGCCUUGGAGCUCCCAACCAUUUCUAACAACUACAAGCCCUUGCCCUUGAAUCAGACCGUGAUGGACGUGGUUUUCAACCAGGGCGGCACCCAGAGGUCCCAGGCUUCCCGUUUCAAUGAGUCGGAGGCCUUGGCUCAGGGUAUUUCUUCGAAAACCAUGCGCACCAAAAUCUACUCGGGCGUAAGAACGGGCCAACUCCUGCAGGUGCCCUCACUUUUCGAUCUGUGCACGCGCAUUCUCCAGAAGAACCUUGAUGCGCUCGAAUACACGGGUGGUGUGCCCUUUGAGAUUCUUCGAACCGUUCUGGAACGCGCCACACCCCAGCAACUGCUGAACAUCGAGGAGUACAAUCCCUAUCUGAUGGACGACAGUGACAUCCUGUGGCAGCAGCAUGUCCAGCGCCACUGUCGUAGUCAGCGCCGCGAGGAGAUGGAAACGUGGCGCGAGAUGUUUCUGCGCUGCCAGGAGGAGAAAGAUCGCAAGCUCAGUAGCCUGGCCGAGAGUAUUAAAGCCUCUCAGAAGAUCAGCGAGGCACCCGUGCGCAAGACACAGCUGGCCUUUGUGGACUCCAUGGUUAAGCCGCCGCGCAGCGUGAUGCGCAAGCAGGAGCAAUAUGGCACCAAGUCAAAACUCAUUGCCACUCCAGCCGCCCGAGUAGCCGCUUUGUCCAGCGUAACGCCCAACGCCGCCAAGGUAGGCGACGCCCGUCUGCGUGUCUUGGCCGCCACCCGCGACACGGCCCAAGUGGCUGCCGCACCGCGUAACAAGAAGGCGCCGCUAAUGGCCAAGACCUUGCAAUUUAUGCGUGGACGACACAAGCGAUAGAUGGUAGAUAGAAGGCAAGCCAGCAGACAUAGUGGCGAGCAUGUUGAGAUGCGUUUAUUCGUUAUAGUUACAAUCUUUAUACUCAAUUUGUUCAUCGAUAAGAGAGACUUUAGGGGUUCUGUAAAGCGAGAUUCUAUUAGACAUUGUCUUACCCAGUGCACCGAGGAAUCCGAAGGCGACUGUCUCUAAAGCAUACCGCGCAUGCUAUUUAUUAUUUAUUCAUGUAUCUGUCUCACAUUAAUUAUACAUUUCUACAAAAAUGAAGUUUACUCCGAGCCGGAUAACGAUUGUUAAUACUGGUUCGAUUGAUCUUGUAUCUGCAACUGGGAAACAGCAGCGAACUGUUCCACCCUUACUUUUAAAUAUAAGUUCAAUGUUCAUUUGUGCUAGAGGGCUGUGCGAGUGUCCAAAAUCCAAUAUAGUGUAUAUAAAAGCGUGUAAUUAACGCAAACUCUUACGUAUAUGCCUAAAUUUAUAUAUCGAACUUCCUAAAUUAUUAAAAACAGUUUUAAUUGCCUUUAGAUGCAUCGCCCAUCUAGUCGGACCGAAUAUAUUGUGGAAGUAAAUAUAAAUAUUAAAUACAUUUUAGUCUGGAACCCGUGCAUAAAAUAUUUUGAUUUUAGUCUAAACUUCGAGACCAAAGUUUUGGAAAUAAAUAAAAAUAUUAAAUAAUUUGUAGUCUGGAACUUGUUUUGAAAAAUCAAAAUUAAAUAUUACCGCCCCCUUCCUAAAUUUUGAGACACUGCAAAAUUUAAAAAAAGUAUAAAAAUUCCAUAUUAGCUACAGUUCAGUCUAUCAAACUAUCGGAGUUUAUAUAGAUUUUAAAAGCAUUAUAGGUUCCCAGAAAAUUGAUUUAAAAACUUUUAACUUCAUCUUGAUGCGUAAGCGAAGCAUGUAAAGGCAUUAUACACUGUAAUCAAAGUCGUUUAUUCCACUAGUAAGCUAACGGAAACAAAAAAAAAAUUAUAAACACGGAGCAGACUCCUCUGUUAAUUGUUAAAAAGCGGGCAAAUAUUAUAUGUAAAGGUAAAGACAAGCAAACGAGUUGUUUCACACAAUAGUAACAGUAAUAUUAUACAGACUUAUUACAAAUAAAUUAUUAUUUUGAAACAUAAA